AUGGUGGCAGUGGGCAACCCACCAGCAAUGGGGCCGGGAGCUGGGAUGGGAUCGGAAAGGACCAUUGUCGCAGCGCCAGCCCCCAGCUCUGCACCGAUGAGUGGUUCGGUGCGCAGCGUGGCUUCCUCUCCGGCGCCGACAGCACCUCCGGGGCAUGCUGGUGCCCUGCAGAAGGCCCAAGGCAAAGCAGUACCCCAUGCACACCCGACGCACCCUGGGACAGCACGGUCGCGAGCCGGGAUUGAGACCCCACAAGAUCGUUCAAAGGCUCCCUCCCGAACCUCCAGCCUGGACUCCGCGGGUGCGGCUUCGGGUGUGGCCUCCGGUGCCUCGCACUUUAGGACCCCUAGCCGAGACUCAGACUUCCGGGAGUCACGCUUCUAUUCCGGCCAGAGGUCGCCAAGCGUGGAGUCGUCCGCGAGCCUGCAGAAAGUCCAAACAAACUUGCACCAAAGCCGACAGCACAUGCAAGAGGUCGAGCAGACUAUGCAGGCCAUGCGAGGAGCCUUGGAAAGCUCCAAGGAGCUGCUCACGAGGAGCUCACUUGCGCACGGCGACGAUGUGCUCACAGUGAGCGCAGCAAACGAGAAGGAGCCGACAAGCUUCGAGGAGCUUGCAAGGAGGCUCCAAUCUCAGCAAGAAGCUUUGAUCGCCAAGCUCACCCAACGCUGGGAACAGCGCUUUGCUGCUCUCGAGCAGGCUCUCAGCAGCGGCCUCGAGGUGGCCACGGCCGCCACGGGCUCCAUGAACGACCGGCUGACACGCUUCGUCAGUUUGGCAGAAGUCCUGGAGGGUGCCGUCGAGCGGGUGAUCCACAGCAGCAAAGACAUCGCUACGCUUUCGCGCAAAGUCAGCCAGAUUGAGGAUGACGUCGCCUGCCUGGCACAGGAGUUGGCCAGCGACCAGAAGGGUCGAAGCGAAGCCGUGACCCUUGCCGAGGUGGAUGCGGCCUGCGAGGAGUUGCGCCGUGAGCUUGGCCCGGGCCUAUUCCGUUUCAGCCUGGCACGGAAGAAGUUGCAGAGUGCUUUCGCAAAGGAGCUGGUUCUGCUAUUCACCAUGGCAGUGAGUUCAUGCUCGAGAACUGAGGCUCGGCACUUGGGUGGCUCCCCACCAGAGCUGCUCGGUGCGUUGGAGCAGCUGCCAUUGGAAGCAGCUUGGACCACUUGGUGGUUUUUUGUCGGCCACUCGAUGCCGCAGUGGAGGCCCGGCAGUGUGCUCCUCUUUUGUGUAGCCGGAACUCAGAUGCUGGACAGAAGCUGGCAGGGUUUGAAGACUUUUUUGCCAACCAAGCUGUCUGCAAAGCUGAAAGUGGAUGGCGACAGUGCUCUGAAUGCUGCGGUCAAACAGCAGUUGUUCAUGUGGAACUGGCGCGCGACGCACCGCAAGGUGCGGGAUUGCAGACUGAGGUUGAGAAGCCUGGCCUUUUGCCUCGGCGUCGGCCAGCCGACGUCUGGAUCGCCAACUGGGGGAUGCAUGGACCCGCCGCCUUUGACCUCGCACAGUGACAUCUGGCAUGCGAGCGCGCUGCCUGUCACCGAUGCCACGCGACCAGUGGAAGAUGACGAAGCCCGAAAGCGCACGCAUUUUGUGCCGUGGGAGCCGGCUUGGACACUGCGCCUGGCAGCAGUGCUCAGUCAGUUGGGCACGCAAGGAGCCAACUUGCGCUUGACCAGCGGCUUGAGCAACGCGCUGCUCCAGGGGUCUGGUAAUGUGAGGCAACCGCAGAUGUGCCCACUCUUCUGGACAGGCUGUGGUGACGUGAGAGUUGGUCUGUAUACAAUCAUCUUGGCAUUUACGUUCAGGUGCCAAGGCUUCGCAAAUCACUACGUUUUCGCGGUGUUGGUUGAGGAGCUAGAGGAGCAGUGUUCGGCUGGAGCUAGUGCGAUGCCCCUGUCCGAGCUGGCGCCGCUCCUCCAAGGACUUGCCAUGGCCCGUGGCGGGGCCCCGUACGGGGACCCCAUGGGCCCUGGCAUGCUCGCAUGCCUGCGCACGGGGCUUGCGACAUCCGGCGUCGCAGCCCUCUCCACGCCGCAGCUUCUGCAGCUCCAGAGCUCGGUGGGAAAGGACGGGCCGCUUGCCGAGCUGAUCGCAGAUCUGCCGUCGCGGGUUCAGAGGAUGUCUCUACCUGAGCUGGCGGCGGCGGCACCGGUGUUAAGUACAGAAAAUGCUGCAUGGGCACGGCUGGCGGAGCUGACACGAGUGGACUUAGACUCAGAGAGCUUUGAAAUUGCGCUGGCAGUGGCCUGCGCACUGAAGUCUCCUCCUCUCAAACAGCACUGUGAAAUCCUUGAGCAACUGGAAUCUGCAGCAGCCUCCGCAUCCCCAAGCUUGCAAGCGCGACUCUUGCUGCUGGCACUUCGGGGAGCAGGCGAAUCGAAUGCGGAGGAAGAGAUAGACACGAGGGCUCGAAGCGUUGUGAACCGGGUACUGACAGAUGUGGGUGGGCGGUUAGCUGCAGCAGACCUCGCUGGAAUCCCCUGGGCGCAUGCAGCAGAGCUGCUUCAGGCACUAGCACAAAGUUCAGCACAGGCUCCACCGGGGCUGGUGGGUGGUUUGGUGGAGGUGAUCUUUGCCGGGGACAUGUUUGAUCGGACGCUUGGCGAACUGGCGACCGUAUUCUUCGCCUUGGCAGAGCUGGGGGCGGAUCUCGAGAACCUCGCAACGCGUUGUGACCUUGCGGCAAAGCUCGCUACCGCCGGACGCGAAUUGGAGCAGGAGGCCUUGAUCCGGCUUUUCUGGGCGAUGGCCAUUGGCAAAGUCCAGGACCCAGUGGCCUGGCAGCUCUGCACGCAGCUCUGCGCCGUACACCUCGCCGAUGGCUCUUCUGCUUUGCCGGAGCCCUUGGCUCAGCUCCGCUCUGAGGCUGAGGAGGCGCGGCGCCAGCAGCUGCAAGAAGAGAUGCAGCCCAAGGCCGCCAAGGCUGAAGGCCAUGCCAGGGCGGCAUUGGUGACAAGGCCAUCAGCAGGCUGGCGCCACAAAGAGGGAAAGCCUCUUACCGAGCUGAAAGUAGGCCGCAUCGUGAGUGGCAAGGUCACCAACUGCUACCGGGACAUGGUCUUCGUGGAUAUCAGCGCGGAGCAAGACGGCUGCUUCCGUUCACCCAAAGGGCAGCAGUUCCGGGUUGGCGAGAUGCUGCGGAACCUGGCCAUCCGCGCAGUCGACCUCGAUAAGGGCUAUGUCCACCUUUCCGCACCCAAGCCGCCCAAGACGGCCAAACCGUCGAAGGGCAAAGCGCCAGCGGGUCAAUCCUCUUCGCAGGUCUGGACAGCAUUGUCCACCAAGCCCACGUCGGGCUGGCAACACAAAGAGGGGCAGCCGCUCGCAGAAUUGGAAGUAGGUCGCAUCGUAAGCGGAAAGGUCACAAACUGUUUCCUGAACCGGGUCUGGGUGGACAUUGGGGCUGAGAAGGAUGGCUGCUUCCGUACAGCUGGGCGGCGCUUCCAAGUCGGGGAGGUGCUGACGAACCUCCAAAUUCGAGCCGUUGACUUGGACAAGGGCUUCGUGCACAUCUCGCCACCGAGCUGA